AUGGCCCGCUUGAAACAGUUAGAGGAUGCUGAGAGGCUUCGAUCAAUGCAUCAUGCAGGCAAGGAUGACUCCGGGUCUAAUCUAGGAAACUGCGGUGCAGCUCAGGUACAUGGUUCGACGAGAACGAAUUUUGAGAAACCAGAACAGAGUGGCCGACUGGUAGUAAGAGAUGGGAGGAGUCGGUACGUCGAUGAUGAUGCUUCUGUGAUAUUUGGAGAUAAGAUCCAAGAGCUGCGGGAUGUCGUUGAAAGUUCAUCGUCCGAAGACGAUAUCAAGACGGAAGAUAUCCUGGGCCCAUUUGGUCUCCCGCACGGAGGCCUUGUUGGAGAUACUAAUUGGACCAACAUGAGUUCAAAAGGAUUCUAUCCUCAUUCAGGCCAAUUGUGCAUGUUAUGGCAUAUCUACCAAACUCGCGUUCACCCGUUGAUUGCCGUCCUGCACAUACCGUCAGUGGAGCGAAUCGUGCGCGACGCAGCCGAUGGCAUCGCUUUAGAGCCCGGCAAUAGAUCCCUGAUACUAUCUGUCUGCUUUGCUGCCGUUGUUAGCAUGACACCUGACCAGUGUGUAUCAACGCUUGGACAAUCGUAUGAGAUGACUAUUCAGGGUUUGAGUGUGGCUGUGAACAGGGCCUUGAAGCAGGCCAACUUUAUAAGGUCCCAAGAUAUCUCUAUUCUUCAAGCAGCGGUGCUCUUUCUGCUGUGCUUUCGCGUAGGCCAGGGUAUUCAUCGUGAUGGAUCAAAGUUUGGCCUAAGCCCUUUUGAAACAGAAAUGCGUCGACGAUUGUGGUGGCAUCUCUGUAUAUUGGACAUGCUUGCUUCAGAGGAUCAAGGAACGGAUACCCAAAUCAAACCAGACACGUUUGAUAUGCGUCUCCCCUCCAACGUCGAAGGCCAGGACCUAGUUCCAGAAAUGGCAGAGCUACCAUCCGAGAAAAUAGGGUAUACUGAUAUCACUCUCUGCAUUAUCAACUGUGAAAUUGCGGCUAGCGUCUCCCAAUUGGGUCCUUCCUUCGGUCGGAAUUCGAAGAUAUCAAUUAGUGACCGGGAGGCCCACAUCAAAGCUCUAGCAUGUCGUCUUCAGGACCGCUAUAUGGGUCAUUUUGACCUCGGAGUUCCCAUACAAUGGAUGGUCGCAACGAUCGGCCGGCUCAUGCUGUCGAAAGUAUGGUUGGCGAUCCAAAUACAAAAGACAUCAAAAGUCAACGAGUUGGCUUCCACGAGACAAGCAGUCGACCCUAUUUUCCAAACUGCAGUCGAAAUCACCGAGUUUGCUUAUUUCCUGCAGGAAAAUGAAAGUACUGCACAUUUUGCCUGGUUAUGCCGAAGCUACAAGCAGUGGCACGCCCUAGCUUACAUUCUUUCAGAACUCUGCGCUCGGGACAUCGGACCGGAAACUGACCAUGCCUGGAAUGUAGUAACCAAGAUGUACAGCAAGUUUGUUAAAGAAGCGCCUGCGACAUACUCCAUGUUCCAAAAGCCCCUGUCGCGGCUGAUGGAGCGCGCGGCUACAUUCAGGGCUGAAGAGCUUGGAAUUCCUCGCGCGGUCCUAGAUAACCAAUCUGUAGGGGCUUUGGAGUCAAAUAUGGGGGGCCUGAAUAGUGAAUUCAAACAAAGCCUGUUCCCUCCCAUGCCAAACGUUAGCCAUUCAUGCCAUAUUCCUAGCAGUGACGAGCCUACCGAAUCAGUUUAUUUCGAUAAAACAGGUCUGAUCCACGGAGAGUCUGCUUCUGGAAUAACCGACGAUCUUUACUCUAACAUAGAUUGGCUUUUUGAGCCCCUGAUAUGA